ACUUGAACACUCAGCCAACCGGCGGGGGUUUAUCCGAAUUGGAACGGUGGAUUAAAGCAUUAGGACCCGAGACAUCAAAUACUAUGGACAUGAUGGACGUAGCCAAUUAAUCAACUCACAUUUUGGAGCUUUGUCGAAGGUGGAAUUGAUUGCUAUCGAGCUUGGAUAUCGUAGUAGCCUGUGUCGUCUGGUAGCAGAGUGUCGCAAACCUGAAAACUUUGCCAACAACCACCGGUGCCAUUUACGUGGGUGGGAUUAUACAGUCAGACUAUGAUUAAUAACAUCUAGAUUCUGCGACGUGAAAAGUGAACUUACAACGAUGGAUAAGUUAUUCCGAAUCUUGAUAUUUUCAUUUUCGAUGAACCAUAUCUUAUGUCAGUCCGAGAUGGCUGGGAAUGGCACAAUGAGUAACCAGCCAGUAGAAACAUCAGCUACAACGCAGGAUAGUCAACAUAUUAACCCGACAGAUCCGUCUACAACCGCGACGAUUCCGAGUACGAGUACGAGCUUGAUCAGUGGCAUGAAUACGACAUCGAGACCGAGCUCGUCAAGGAACGUGCUCACGACGACAGGAAAAAGCCAAACGAAAGCAACUGGUACGACUAUGAGUACCAGUACAAAGAAUACGAUUACGACAUCAAGUAAAAGUACGACCAAAACUACGAGCACGGCUAAGAUUACGACUCCUUCAGAAAGUGCUAGCUACUUAGGUCCAUUAUCAUCAUCGCAUCCAUUCAGUUCUAAUUAUCAAGCUGGAAGUUCAGUUGAACCGUGUGUUAUUGACAAUGGCGGCUGUAUGGAUAUAUGCCUUCCCAUUGGACUAGAUAGUUACGAGUGUGCCUGUUUGGAUGGAUAUAUCUUAGAUCCUGAUGGUUACAAUUGCACAGAUAUUGAUGAAUGUGAACAGGAGGGGAUAUGUCGAGAAAACGAGAUUUGUUUAAACAGACCAGGCUUCCAUGUUUGCAUGUGUAACAGCGGAUACUCGCCAGUCGGUCAUGAAGGAUAUUGUGAAGAUAUUGAUGAGUGUAUGGAAAACCCUGAUAUCUGUGGUAUUGGUGGUGACUGCGUCAAUCUGAUCGGUGAUUACCAGUGUCACUGUCGAACAGGAUUCCUCUCAUUCUUAGGAGAUGGAAAUUGUGAAGACGUGGAUGAAUGUGAAUUCACGGAACUUCUUCACAUUCUGUGUGGACCUAAUGCUGUAUGUCUGAACACACCCGGGUCCUAUGACUGCAUGUGUUUAGACGGCUAUGAGCUGGAUGAAAAUGGUUUCUGUGUAGAUUUCAAUGAAUGUGAGGUGGAAAACUUCUGCGGAGAGGGCGCCACCUGCGAGAAUAGUGAGGGGUCGUAUCUCUGCGUAUGUCACGACGGAUAUGAGGAGACAGUAGAAGGAUGUGGAGAUAUUGAUGAGUGUGUUAUAGAGAACAUAUGCCCUGGGAUCUCUUUAUGUGUCAAUCUACCUGGCAGUUUUAUAUGUGUCUGUCCAUCGGGAUACGAAGGCAACGUCACCAAUUGCCAAGAUAUCGACGAAUGUGGCACUGCUCAACACGAUUGUCAUAUAUUUGCUAGAUGUGGAAACAUCAUUGGUUCAUUCUUCUGUCAGUGUUAUGCUGGUUUCCAUGGUAAUGGGAAACAGUGCGAUGAUGCUGAUGAAUGUGCCAUUGACAAUGGAGGAUGUGAGCAUAUCUGUACCAAUGCACCUGGUACCUAUAGCUGCGAGUGUCGGAGAGGAUAUGACGUAGAUAGAUACGAGCAUUCACAAUGUUUAGAUAAGAAUGAAUGUGAGAUCAACGACAACCUCUGCCAGCAACAUUGUAUCAAUACCGAUGGUUCGUACAGAUGUUCCUGCGAUGCCGGAUACCAGCUUCAUUCAGAUCGCUCGUCAUGCAUUGACAUCAACGAAUGUAACAUUAACAAUGGAGGAUGUGAGGAAGUUUGCAUCAAUUCACCCGGAACUUACCGUUGCGACUGUGGUCCCACCAGUGUCAUAUCACCAUCUAGUUCAUCAAGCUGUGUAGCAAUAACAACAUGUGAACAAAAGCGGGGUGGUUGCGAUCAGGUCUGUCGCUUUGACCAACUAGGAAUCCAGUGCUCAUGCGGACCAGGUUACGUACUUAAUGAAGACAGACGAACAUGUGAUGAUCUUAACGAGUGUGCCGAUGCAAACGGAGGCUGUGAACACAAUUGUGUGAAUACAGUAGGAAGUUACCAUUGUACAUGUAGGAAUGGAUAUAUGGUCAGACCAAGAAACCGAUACAGGUGUGACGCCAUAUGUGACCCUCCCUGUUUGAACUAUGGGAAAUGUACGGGACCAAACAAUUGUGUCUGCCCUCUAGGGUAUGGAGGAUCAACGUGUACUCCUACAUGUAACCCACCGUGUAUGCAUGGAGGGACCUGUCAGAGAUACAACCAGUGUUCAUGUACAAGUCUCUAUACUGGAUCGUACUGCCAUCUUCCUACUUGUGAACUACCAUGUAUGAACGGCGGUAAUUGCAUUGGACCAAACGAAUGUCAAUGUUCAGCAGGAUUUGAAGGAGAUCAGUGUCAAACACCUAAAUGUCAACCAGCUUGUGAAAAUAGAGGUGUAUGUUAUGCUUCCGAUACCUGUAUCUGCCGACCUGGAUUCUACGGGCCUAGAUGUCAGUUUGAGCGUGCUCGAUGUACUAGACCCUGUCGAAAUGGAGGAACGUGUGUCGGGAUCAACAAGUGUAGCUGUACCCCAGGAUAUCACGGAUCAGUAUGUCAAUUAGUUGGUGAUGUCCAAUGCCGCCCUGCGUGUCAACAUGGAGGUACUUGCUUACCAAACAAUAGAUGUCGCUGUCCAUCUGGAACCACGGGUUUGAGAUGUGAGAAACGCAACUGCCCACUCCAAACUUUUUCUCAGACUUUACGACGUGGAUCAAGACGAUUCGUGAAGGAAAGCAAGCUUGAACCGUGUGGAACCUUUGGCUGGAGGACAUGCACAGUAUAUAGGACUGUACAAAAGUACGUUUAUGAUACCAUGACCAGGGUCGGAUACAGAAUAGCAUGUUAACAACUUUAACGAGGAGCUAAAAGGUGAAGAUUGAUGACGCUCAACGCAUUAUUUAAAGAGAACGGGUCUUAAGUGAUGUAGCUGGAGAUUUGUGACAUCUGAAAAGAGAAUAUUCCAAUGUUGUGUAUCUCUUGUUUGAAAAAAACUGACGUGUAUUCUGCUUUUGUGCUGCCAAUGGAGGACAAUAAUCAUCAAAAAACUGCUGGAAGGAUACAGUGUCAGACGGUGUAAUCGCAGUGUGAUUACAAUAUUAACCAUGUGAAUUUGUAGGUUACAUUUUUUAACAUGUUCACAUAUAAACUGUGGUUACCUCUAAGGUGUGAGUUUUCACAGUGUGUGUCCACGGAAUGGAUCUUUUUUUGGAAGUUUGAUUCACACUGUUAACGUGCUCAAAUACAACAAUGUGAAGAUGCUUUCACCUUGUGUUUCGCACUGUGAACACUCUGGGACACACUAAUACACUAUAUGUAUAAUAAUAAGUCGACUAUACUUUGUUCAUUUCCAAGGGGGAUCCACACUUUACAAGCUUUGUUUUUUGUGGGUCCCCUCAUUUCUAUUUAAGCUCUAUAUCAUACUUUUUUUGUUUGCUUUACGAAGUAAGAAUGCCCUUCUGUAAAAUUGUGCUUGAUUUGUAUUACUUUAUAUUACUUUGUAAUAUGUUUUGAAUGGAAAUGAAAUAAAAGAAUUGAAUUUAAUUGAAUAUGUGUUUUCCAAUAGGGAUUAAAAUCUAAACUUAAAUUAGUCUUAUCUUCGAUCGAUCUAAAUUUACAACGAGACUCAUAAUUAUUGUAAUCUUCGUCGAAGUUUUAAGAUUUCAUUCACUAUGGUGAAGGUGCGAUGACUUUAAAAUGGAUCGUUAUACAGAAUUAAAUCAUGCAAGACAGACAAAUUAUGAAACAGUAUAUUCAGUAUGUUAAUUUUUUACGUCUUUCCUGAGUAUACAUCGUUCACGAACAUUUAGUGUGACAUUUCUCAUUUUUUUACAUCAUGUGUAACCAAGCUAUUUUAUAUGUGCCAUUUUUAUGUUUUUAUAUUGUAUUCUUUGACACAUUAGAAAUAAAAACAUUUGAACUAAAUUAAUUCAUUGAUCACUUACUAAUUUUAAUAUGUAGUUUCAGUAUCCUGAUUGCUUGCAUAUGAAUAGUAAAUCACAGGCAAUAACGAAUGAAAAGUUCUGUGAAAUUCUGGUAAAUCUAUUUUUACAGUAGUUUUUAUGAUUGUGUAAUCUAAUAAAAAUCAUGCUUCAUAUAAUUUCAAAUCCAUACUACAUCUAAAUGAGAAGAUAAUAUUAGAUAACUUAAGGACAUUAGCAAUGAUAGUUGUUUCUGUGCAUGCCCUUAAAAUUCUUGUCCUGAAAUGGAUUUUAUGCCUAAAUUCUAACUGAGCAUUAUUUGGGUUUGAGCGUCCGUUGGGAGGUAUUAAAGAUUUUCAACAAUAUUCUUACUGUUUUAAUUUUGUAUGGUGAUGUGGAAAUUUUUUUAUGUCGUCAAUACUCGAAGUCAACUUCAUUUAGGACAAUGAAUUAUUUGCAGCCUUUGUUGAUUAAAUUUCAUUCCUUUAAUUUGCAGCAUAAAUAUAUAUCUUUGAUAGUUAAAUUUUCCCAUUCAAACAUUAUGUAUCAUAUUUUUUUCAGAUCAUCAAAAUAUCAUUUUAUGAAAAUAUUACACAAUUUUCCCUUGGUGAUUAACCUGCCAUACACCGGACUUGUCACUUAAAAUUGAUAUGAAAUGGUAUACUAUAUAUGCAUGUUAUUUAUCCGCUUUUGUCCAAAUUAAUUCAUCUUAUUCGUGGAUAAUCAACUAGGGUAAAUUUCGGGGAGGGGGAAAUAUCCUCCCACUUUUUGGAAAUAGCGUGCAUAGCCCGUACAAAUUAUUCCAUGUUAUCAAAUCUUCAUAUUAUUUAGAGUCGUAUAAAUUCACCUUUUAUUGUAGCUUAAUUUAGUAUAAUUAGCCAUUAAAAAAACUCCGUGAAUUUAUGGCUCGGUCGGUCUGCUUCCUCGUUUGAUUUACCUAAUUGAUUAUGAUAACUUGUUUACACAGCCACGGUAUUAUGUGUGAAAUUGUUGUCAAGGUUGUGUCUAUUGCAUCACAUUAGAGUGACUAUAUUUCAUCGUUUUAUCAAUCAUGCUUUUUGUAAUUCAAACGACUUUUAAAUAUGGUUACCUACACAUUUGUGGAUGCUUAAGAUGCACUUGCAUAACCAUGCAUUAAUUAUUUUAUUUUAUCCUGGCACCUUUGGGGAGAGUAGAGGUUGGUGCAGAAAUAUGCAUAAUCUGAACCCCCGCAUAAUCAUGAUUUAAAAGUUACCUCAGAUAUGUAUGAAAUCGAUAUGCCGUCGGAAUUCUUUAAUGUUUUAGUGUUCAAUCGCAUACUUACUCUAACAGUUGAAUGUGUUUCAUAACUUUGUAAAGGACGAAUACAACUACGUACAAAGAGUUAUUUUGGCAGAGUCUCUUAGUGCACGAAUUGGACAUUGGUCAUGUUGACCCUAAAAAUUACAUGAUUUAUUUUCAUAGAUAGCUGCUCAAAUAUUAUUGUAAUCGGGAAGGUAUAUUAUAUAUUUCUUGCUUCCCUUGACCCAAACUGUAUGCUUUAUGAGGUUGUAGUACGAUCCAUGCUUGAAAAUAUCUCACCUUAAACAUUCAGCUAUACAGAAUGUCGCCACCAUCAGUCGAUGGUCUGCAUUAUACUCUCGCUGCUCGCCGGGCAGGAGGAAGGGAGGGAGGGAAAGCUGUUUCAUCCAACUUUCGACCAAUAAGACAACGGAUUCGCUCGUUCCUUGGUCAUGUUCGAUGGUAACUUUUAAACUACCGGGAUACUCGCAGCAGUGAAAAACAAAAUGGCACUUUAAGACGUGAUAAGACCAAUAUAUUUUUUUUUCUCUGUCUCUUUGCCUUAGAAUAUUAAACAAACUUCCUUUCCUACC